GGGACCCUCCGUUCGCUUCGUCCCCGGCACCGGCGACGUCCGCCAGAAGCUUCUCCGGCGAAGACCCACCUCGGGGAGCCGCCGCCCCGGAAGGGAGCACCGUCUUUCUCCGCCGGGCCGCCGAUCAAGCAGCUGAGCGAUUCCCACUCUUGUUCCUCGCUUGUCGAAGGUGUGCGUGUUGGUCGUGGGCGUGGGUUGGUCCUGCGAGAAUGAGUACUCCUCCUCUGGACCUCGACGUGGGGUGGGGGCAUGUGGAGCAGGUGCUAGUGAAGCUGAAGAACAUUAUCGAGGGGUGCGACGACACGCCGAUGAGCGCAGACGACUUCAUGAUGACCUAUGCGAGUGUUUACAACAUGUGCACUCAAAAGCCGCCCCAUGAUUAUUCUCAGCAGCUUUAUGACAGAUACAAGCAGGAGAUUAGAAAGUAUCUGCUCCAGGCGGUCUUCCAAACAAUGAAAUUUAAAAUUAGAGAUGCAAUAAUUGCACUGAUUAAUCAGGACCGUGAUGGCAAUCAAGUGGACAAAUCCUUGCUGAAGAAUGUAUUAGAUGUCUAUGUUGAAUGUGAAAUUGGAGAAAGACAAAGGGACUUUUAUGAAAAAGACUUUGAAGUAUAUUUGCUUGCGGAAACUAGGAUCUAUUAUUCUCGUAAGGCAUCAAGUUGGACCGGGCAGGACUACAGUCAUGUGGAGGAUAUAUGUCACAAUUACUGGUCAAAGGCCGAAGAAUGCUUGAAAAAGGAGAAAGAAAUAAUCUCGCAAGUUCUAUUAUCAAGGAGUGAGCGGAAGCUGAUAGAGAUAGUCCAGCAUGAGCUCUUCACGGUCUACUCAAAACAGCUACUUGAAAUGGAGCUGUCUUACUCACUUGCAUUAGUUAAAGAUAAUAAGAUGGAGGAUCUUUCGAGGAUGUAUCGUAAUCAUAAAAUGACUCAGUUCUUGGAGCCUGUAGCCAAUAUGUUCAAAGAGCACAUUAUUGCUGAAGGCACAGCCUUAGUCUCACAGGGUGAAGAUGCUGCAAGCAACAAGGCUUCAAAUGAGAUCUCAGCGCGGCAGCAGGUUCUUGUAGUGCAGAUAAUCGAGCUUCAUCACAAGUAUCUGGCAUAUGUUACUGAUUGUUUCUCAAACCACUUUCUGUUUCACAAGGCCCUUAAUGAAAGUUUCAGGACUUUCUUCAACUGGGGUCCUUCUGGUCUUUCGAGUGGGGAAAUGCUAGCGAUUUACUGUGACAAUAUCCUGAAGGCAGGUGGAAAUGGGAAACUAACUGAUGAAGCAGUUGAGAAAGCGCUCGAAAAGGUUGUACAGCUGGUUGCUUAUGUUGGCGACAGAGACAUAUUUGCCGAAUUCUACAGGAGAAAACUUUUUCGGCGGUUACUUGUUGAUCGGAGUGUUGAUGAAGAUCAUGAAAAGUGGAUCUUGACUAAGUUCAAGCAGCAAUAUGGGGGAUACUUCACUUCAAAGAUGGAGACCAUGGUCAAGGAUUUGGAAUUGACUAGGGAUAUUAAGACUGAGUUCGAGCAGUAUCUUUCCAGUAACAAAAUUGCAAACCCUGGUAUAGAUCUGACAGUAGCAGUCCUCACAAGUGGAUUCUGGCCAAGUACCAAAACCGCUGAUCUCAACCUUCCCUCUGAGAUGGUAAAGAGUAUGGAAGUUUUCACGGAUUUCUUUCAAAUGAGGAGGAAAAACCAGAAACUUACUUGGAUUUACUCAUUGGGAAAUUGCACUCUUAAUGGCAAUUUUGAGCCGAAGCCUAUUGAACUUAUCAUGUCAACAUAUCAGGCUGCCAUUCUGCUGCUAUUUAAUGGAUCGGAUCGAUUUGGGUAUGAAGAUAUCAAGGCACAGUCAAACAUGGCAGAGAAUGACUUAAUGAGAGUGCUGCAUUCUCUCUCUUGUGCAAAGUACAAGAUUUUAAAGAAGUACCCUAGUUCAAAGACAAUAUUAGCCACUGAUGAGUUUGAGUUCAAUGCAAUGUUCACUGAUAGAAUGAGGCGAAUCAAGAUUUCUCUUCCACCUGCAGAAGAAAGGAGGAAGACGAUUGAAGAUGUUGACCGAGAUAGGCGAUGUGCUAUUGACGCUUCAAUUGUGCGGAUAAUGAAGAUGCGCAAGGUUUUAAGUCAUCAGCACUUAGUUGCAGAGUGCAUUGAGCAGCUGUCUCGCCUGUUCAAGCCGGAAGUGAGAGCGAUCAAGAAACAGAUCGAAGGUUUGAUCUUCCGCGAAUACCUAGAGCGGGACAAGGACAAUCCAACCUUGAUGAGAUACUUGGCAUAAUACAAGCUAAACUGAAAGGGAAAAUUGGUUAUACUUGUGAAUACUUAGUGUUGGUGCAUAGUCAACAUGACCGAGGACAAUCAGCAUCAGGUUUUGCAAUUACUGUUGUUAGCUUCUGUUGUGUAAGUCGGGAACAGCAUAUUUUUCCAUGUUAAUGCUAAGGUUUCCCCUUCCGAUU